AUCUUCCAAAAAUAGAAAGAAAGAGGUUCUUUACUUUAUAUGAGCGAUAAAGAGAAAUUUAAAAAUUAAAUUUUCAAGUUAAGGAAACGUUUAAAAAUGAAGUUAUUUGCCUUGUGUAUCUUUCAUAAAGAUGUCAACGUUAAACUUCUAGUAUCAGCCUUCGAUCUUCAGUCGUUUGGGUAUUUUCAGCGAUCAAGUGUAAAAGAGUUUAUGCAGUUUACGAGUAAGAUACUUGUGGAACGAACAAGACCAAAUGAACGUGCUACAGUAAAAGAACAAGAAUACCUGUGUCAUGUAUAUGUAAGGAUGGACUCACUUGGUGCAUGCCUGAUUGCUGAUGGUGAAUACCCACGGAGAGUUGCUUUCACAUUUCUUAACAAGAUACUUGAGGAAUUUUCAAAAACAGUCCCACAAUCAGUAUGGAGAUCAGCAGCUCAUGACUCUGUUGAAUUUCCAGCAUGUGCAGAAAAUCUUGAAAAGUAUCAGAACCCUAAAGAAGCAGAUGCAAUGUCUAAAGUUCAGUCAGAACUAGAUGAAACCAAAAUUGUUUUACAUAGCACCAUUGAAGCAGUAUUAGAAAGAGGAGAAAAACUGGACGAUUUAGUAGAAAAAUCUGAAGGUCUUAGUAUGCAAUCCAAGACAUUCUACAAAACAGCAAAGAAGACAAACUCUUGUUGUUCUAUUCAAUGAUUCACUUUGCGAUCACAAGGCUGCAGAAGUACUGGAAGAAGCUGACCCAUAAGCAUUGCAGUUUUCUGCAGCACUGAAUUUGACCCAGAAAAAUGCAAAAGUUACAAAAUUGUAUAAUGAGAAAAUAGCUUUAAUAGAAAUAUUAAGUAAUGCAAUCUCAGUUUGUUUCACGAAAAUACAUUAUUUUUAAUUGCGCAUUUCAAAUUUAAGAAUACUAGACUGAAGUGGCCAUUUAGAGUCAGUUCACAAACCCGUGAACAACUUAUUCAGUCCUUGCAGACACUGUUAGGAAAUAAGCCAGAACACGAGAAAAAAUGUCUGUCAAAAAGCGCUGAAGUUGUGACAUCUUGGUUGCUAAUGGAAAAGAGUAAUUUCACAGGUAUCCCGAUUUUUUAAAAGAAAACAUAGCAAUUAGUGUCAACAUUUUGGCAACCAAAUAUAAAAUCAACCUUGUACACUGUAAAUUAUAGUAUGCCUUAUUUUUUUAUCAGUUGUAUAAGUUUCAUUUGCUGAAAGGUUUUCAGUCUAGUUAGAGGAGUUAUGUGGAGGUCACGUGAAAGGUAAAAAAUGCAUUUAUCAUAUUGAUAAAUGUGUAUGAAAAUGCAUUUAGAAGACCGAGCAUUUAAGGAGACCGAAUAUAAUGGCGGUAAUUUUUACAUGACCUGUUGAUGCAAAUAAUCGAUUCUUAAAUCAUAUCAUACAUAUACUCAGUAUUAAAUAAGGAGUUCAUUAAUUCAGUUACCUUUUCUCUUUUUUCAGUCGUCUAAAAAGUUUCAGGGACAGUUGAGGUCCUGUUACACUGUAUACGUUUCUCAGCAACCUGUCUCGCAAUGCUUGAAAUGUAACGUUACAAGUUGCCGAGGUGAGGUGUUAGACCGCAACACGAUCUCAUCAACUUGCAACAUUUUUUUGGCUCCUCGGAAAACAUGAGAAAUGCGCGCAUGCGCUCUUGAAAAAUAUGCCUUAAAAUUGCGAGAAAUGUUGUUUUAGGGUGAUGCAGUGUGCAAUGGCGUUGCCAGUUGCUGCAAUCCGUUCUAAAAAGUAGAAAUUAUUUCUACUUCGUGCCGACGCUAAGCGCGAAAAAAAUUGUGAGACUAACACUCCUUUUCACUGUGCAAUUUUCCAUCAGCUUGGAAAAUUGCACAGUGUAACAGAGCCUUUAAUUUCUGUAACGGGCGUUCCUGUUCUUGUAAGAAAAAAUAAAGUUACAUUGCACUGA